AUGACAUUAGAGAAAGCAAUUGAUAAUAAGAAAGGAAUAAUUUUUGAAACUAAGGAGGAGAACAGAACUGUGGAAAAUCCUGUUGCCGAGAAGAAUGAAACCAUCGUUAAAACCAUUGAGCACAGGAACCAAACGGUACAAACACCUGUUGGUGAUAAACACGGGACAGAUAAUGGAGCUAGUAAAGAGCAGGAGAAUAAGAUCUUGGAUAAGAUGGUUGAAAAGAGAAAUGAUUUGGAUACUAAAGAACAGGAAAACAAAAUCUUGCUAACAAUCCCUGUUGAUAAGAACGAAACAUUUAUGGAAACUAAAGAGCAAGAAAACAAAACUGUGGAGAAAGCAGUUAUUGAUGAUAAGAGCGGAACCAUCGUCGAAACUAAACAACAAGAAAACAAAACUGUGGAAAAGACCGAUGAUAGAAAUGGAACCAUUGUUGAAACUAAACAGCAAGACAACAAAACAGUGGAAAAUUCCACUAGUGAUAAGAACGGAACCCUUGUAGAAACGAAACACCAAGAGAAUAAAACUGUGGAGAAUAAAGCUGAUGAUAGAAACGAAACCAUUAUUGAGACGAAAAACCAAGAAAAUAAAACUGAGAAGAAUAAAGCUGAUGAUAGAAACGAAACUAUUAUUGAGACGAAAAACCAAGAAAAUAAAACUGAGGAGAAUAAAGCUGAUGAUAGAAACGAAACUAUUAUUGAGACGAAAAACCAAGAGAAUAAAACUGAGGAGAAUAAAGCUGAUGAUAGAAACGAAACUAUUAUUGAGACGAAAAACCAAGAGAAUAAAACUGAGGAGAAUAAAGCUGAUGAUAGAAACGAAACCAUUAUUGAGACGAAAAACCAAGAGAAUAAAACUGAGGAGAAUAAAGCUGAUGAUAGAAACGAAACUAUUAUUGAGACGAAAAACCAAGAAAAUAAAACUGAGGAGAAUAAAGCUGAUGAUAGAAACGAAACUAUUAUUGAGACGAAACAAGAAGAGAAUAAAACUGAGGAGAAUAAAGCUGAUGAUAGAAACGAAACUAUUAUUGAGACGAAAAACCAAGAGAAUAAAACUGUGGAGAAUAAAGCUGAUGAUAGAAACGAAACCAUUAUUGAGACGAAAAACCAAGAGAAUAAAACUGUGGAGAAUAAAGCUGAUGAUAGAAACGGAACUAUUAUUGAGACGAAAAACCUAGAGAAUAAAACUGAGGAGAAUAAAGCUGAUGAUAGAAACGGAACUAUUAUUGAGACGAAACAAGAAGAGAAUAAAACUGUGGAGAAUAAAGCUGAUGAUAGAAACGGAACCAUUAUUGAGACGAAAAACCAAGAAAAUAAAACUGAGGAGAAUAAAGCUGAUGAUAGAAACGGAACCAUUAUUGAGACGAGAAUAAAACCAAGACUGAAUAAAACUGUGGAGAAUAAAACUGUAAAUGAAUAG